UUCCGUAACGGAACGUUCUUAUUGCCAUUAGCUGAACACUGCUCUCAGGGAAAACCAAUCGCUUUUGAGCGUUAUUGAGCGGUCUCUGAGCGUUAUCUUUGUACAGGUAUGCAUGGAUGGUGUGAACGCAAACCACCGGAGUGGUCAACUUAUUUGUCUAAACUGGUGAAAGUGACAGCGCACAGCAAUCAACAAUAUGAAGGUUGGGUUUUUACGGUGGAUCCAGUCUCAGCAAGCAUGGUGUUAGUGACACUUCCAGAGGGGGAUCGGGCUCAUGUCCGAGUGGUCCUAGGCCAUGCUGUGGAGUCCGUGGAGGUCCUUCAGGAGGAAAACAAAGGCAACACCUUGCGCUUGGCCUCUCUCUUCUUAGCCCAUGGAGCUGAGGCCCUCAGCCCAGAGGAACUCAAGAAGCGCAGACAGAGUCUUCGUCAAUGGAUCGAGAAGAACCACAUCCCUGUGAAGGAGGAAGGAGAGAUGCUGAGGGUGGCCAAUGUUCUGACCAUCAGCAGCCCCUACGGUGUGGACGACUGCAGCAGCUCCAAUGAGAUCAUUCUGUCCAGAGUGCAAAGCCUGGUGCAGAGCAACCCUGAACACAAACAUUGAGAUGUCUCCCAAGAACAAUUUCAACACUGGAACCCUGGACAUAUGGAAAACUGCAUUCAUGGAAUAUAUUUGAAGGUAUGCUUGGGCAGUGAAGGUGACAUGAACCAUAUUUCCUACAAUCUGAAUGUUUGGAGACUGGUAGUUUCAUAUUGUCCUUAAAAUAAAGUUUGAAUUGAGAUGGAUUAAAAAA